GCUGUUACCACCACCACUCCUGCAGCAGCUGUUACCACUCCUGCAGCAGCUGUCACCACCACAACUCCUGCAGCAGCUGUUACCACCACCACUCCUGCAGCAGCUGUUACCACCACCACUUCAACCAUUUUCGCUGUUGUUGCAUCAACUGACCCUCCAUCUUCUAGUGAAGGAACCCUGAAGGUUCAGUUCAGUCUCAACCAGACGUUCAACUCAGAUCUUUCCAACCCGUCGUCUUCAGCAUUCAAGAAUCUGGCUGCCAAAGUGCAAUCUGACGUGAACAAGGUUUUUGCUGGGACGCCAGGAUUCCGUCAUUGCAUUGUCAACUUAUUCAGGAAUGGGAGUGGAUCUGUAGUUACUGACAUGACCCUCGUGUACGACAAGCAGUCUUCGGUUCCCAGCUCAAGCAGCGCACAGACAAUUCUCACCAACAGUUCCACCUCCCUGAACAUUCUACCAGGCAGCAUCAGUGUUGUGUCAGGAAGUGCUCCCCGACCCACUGCCUUCGCUCUGGCUGCUUUGGCUCUGUUAAUGGUACAGCUGCUAGGCUAGCUAAUAGCCUGGGGCAUAGCUGCUGUGGCUCUGCUAGCUGCUGUGGCUCUGCUAGCUAACCAAUAGCCUGGGACAUAGCUGCUGUGGCUCUGCUAGCUGCUGGCUAACCAAUAGCCUGGGACAUAGCUGCUGUGGCAUUGGUUUAACCAAUCAACGGUUUCCCAUCUCUCAUAGGAUUCUAGCUUUUAGUUGCUACACCCAUUUUUUGACUUAUAAAUUAUAUCUUCCCAUUGAUUCUAGAAGAAUAUAACAUAUGAAUGCCUCAUGAGUUUAGCUCAACUGUCCUACCUCAUCAGAACCCAAAAUAUAAACUUGUUUUACUCCAAUGUUUCUAAACAAUGCUAACAAACACUGUAUAAUUUUAAAACAUUAUUAAAACUAUAAUUCUGAUAUCAUGGAUGGUCAGUAUUUGCAUGCAUAGCUCUGUCUAUUUUAUUUUAACUAGGCAAGUCAGUUAAGAACAAAUUCUUAUUUAUAAGACUUGCCUAGUUAAAUAAAAAAAUGAAGAGCUGUUUAAAUUGACCUAAAGCGGACAUUGGCUGCACGAAGACGCAUUAACAGAAAUCCCAUGUAGCCUUGUUGGAACACUGGAAUGCGAGAUGUAAUCAACACCUCGAUUAGGUUGAUAAUGAUAAUCAUUUUAAUGAUUUUACAAAAUUGAGCGUCAAAUAUUUUCUAUAUAACCUACACACUUGCCUCGUUGUGAACUUGUAACACGAGUAGGGCCGGUGUACUUUUCGUGAUGAAGAGCUGCUGCUUACCGAUUUGACAGCUGAUUUGGAUCAGCUACACCUCCGACAGUACCAAAACCCUAGCUGUCGGCUACCUCUGGUUAACAGCUGAUUUGAUGGAAGCUAGGGCCUUUAUCUUUCAAGUUACUAUAAUUAUUAUUAUUAUUACUAUUAUUUCAAGUUACUAUUAUUUAACACUUAUAGGUUCUCACAGACAUCAAUUCAUGAUGUAUUCACACUUGCACACUAUUUAUCAGUCAAAUUUUUAUACUGAAAAUAACUAAAAGAAACAACAACUUUCCUAUUGUACAAUUUUUUAAUUUUUAAAUGUUUUAUUUGAUCAUAGUUCCCUCUUUAAUUAUUAACUAUAUUUAAAUUUAAAUUCACCAGGACCGGGAUGAUAUUUACUUUGAGUUAUUUUGGGCAUGUCACUGAAAAUGUGGACCACUACAAUGUUUUAAAACUGUUGAAGAGCCUCGCCUGGUUUGUACUUGUCUUGUUAUUAAUAAAUCUAAUAUAUUACGUAACACUCAAGAAUGUAGAUAUGACAUUUCUUUCAUUAGUGUUGGAAUAUAAUGACAUGUCAAAAUCAUUCUAGGGGUAAAUCUCAAUAGUUUGGUCUAAUAUGUACUUUGUACAAUUAGUUUGUUUUUUAAAUGUUUUUCUUUGAUCUAGUUCCCUCUUUAAUUAUUAACUGCUGUAACUAUAUUUACAUUUAAAUGUGUUAUUUUGGGCAUAUCACUGAAGUGUCUGAGGGACUAAUGUGGACCACUACAAUGUUUUAAUACUGUUGUAGAGCCUCGUCUGGUUUGUACUUGUCUUGUUAUUAUUAAAUCUAAUAUAUUAUGUAACACUC